ACAAGAGCGGCAGAGUUCACCCGGCCAUUCAGUAGUUCGUGAGAAGCCAACGUGACUGUUUGUCGUUCAACGCAGCCAAGUAGCCAAAUAUUGUGCAAGGAGUGCGUGCGCUUAGCAAAAAAAAAAAAAAAAUUUUUCAGGGAAAAAACUUAAGUGAAAUACGAGAUUUGUGAAAUAUUUAAAAUUCAUAAAGUAAAACAACACAACUCCAACUAGCAAGGUUGCACAAACUUGUGUGUGAUUUUGUGAAAAAAAAACUUACGAGAAGUCAAUAAACUGAAGACAGUAGAAAUCGGAAAAUAGAAAAUAUCUCUGCACACUUUUUGACUGUUUUCCUGUCGUAUAGGAAACAAUAAUAAAAACUCAAACUCAAACUCUACUCAAAGUCCAUUGUCACAUCCCAAGUGUCGUGUGAAAAUAUAAUGAUUAAUAGGUCUUCUUCAAUUAAAAAUUUGUGGUUGUUCAAAAACUCCCAUCUAAAUGCGUUGCUCGUUGAUGGGUUUGUGAGUAAACGUGGUAAGGCGACUGCUUUAAAUUUGGCUGAAAAUUUGGAAGAAGCGACGAAUGGCAACGGUAUUAACGGCAGUAAGGGCAAAGAUAGUAAAGACAGCAAAGCGUCGGCAAUUAACAACAGCAAAGGCAACAACAAUAAUUGUAAGAACUAUACCAACAACAGUUCCACCAAUUUAACAGAGGCAAAGCAGCAAACGUACUACAACAAAAAUGUUUGGUUGGACGAUCGCUCCAAGUAUGGUCAUACCGGACAGGAGUUACAGGAGAAAAUUGCCUCUGAGAGGAGCUUGCGGGCCGCACCAUUGCUGAAUCUAGUGUUUGCCAAUCGGAAAUUGUCCUUUUACGACACCAAUCACACACCCGGCAGAGAUGACGGCAUCCGCCUACAGAAGCGUUUCUUAUCCAUGCGACCUCAUCGCGAGCAGGAGCAACGCAACGCCGAAGAUGUGCUCUUCGAUAUGUUCUACAACGAAGAGACGGGCCUCAUUUCGAUGGGCAAAUUUUUGGCCGCACUCAAGACGACCGGCAUCAGGCGCAGCGACCCACGUAUACGUGAAUUGAUGGAAAACCUGAAGAAGGUGCACAAAUUGUCUAACUAUGAAACUGGUUCGUCCGCCGAAACUCAAAACCUGAAUCGUGAAACUUUCAAGGCUGUCGUUGCCCAAAACAUCGUUUUGAUUGCCAAAGCUUUUCGUCAACAAUUCAUCAUUCCUGAUUUUGUAAGCUUCGUUAAGGAUGUCGAAGAUAUAUACUGGAAGUGUAAGACGAAUACCGAUGGCAAUGUAGCCGAUUAUAUACCGCAAUUAGCGCGGCACAGCUCCGAUUCAUGGGGUGUGAGCAUCUGUACGAUCGAUGGUCAGCGUUUCUCUAUUGGCGAUGUGGAAAUACCGUUCACUUUGCAGAGUUGCAGCAAGCCGUUGACGUACGCCAUUGCUUUGGAGAAGCUGGGACCGAAGGUGGUGCAUUCGUAUGUAGGCCAAGAGCCAAGUGGUCGCAAUUUCAACGAAUUGGUGUUGGAUCACAAUAACAAGCCACACAACCCCAUGAUCAAUGCAGGCGCCAUUCUGACCUGUUCACUGCUGCAGGCGUUAAUCAAGCCAGAUAUGACGGCGGCUGAAAAGUUUGACUAUACAUUGCAGUGGUUCAAGCGCUUGUCAGGCGGGGAGAAUAUUAGUUUCAAUAAUGCAGUGUUCCUGUCGGAGCGUGAAGCAGCAGAUCGUAAUUAUGCUUUGGGCUUUUAUAUGCGCGAAAAUAAAUGCUAUCCAAAGCGUACAAAUCUCAAAGAGGUGAUGGACUUUUACUUCCAGUGCUGCUCCAUGGAGACAACCUGCGAAGCCAUGUCCGUCAUUGCCGCAACACUGGCGAACGGUGGCAUUUGCCCUACCACAGAAGAGAAAAUUUUACGUCCCGAAGUGGUGCGCGAUGUACUCUCCAUAAUGCAUUCGUGCGGCACCUAUGACUAUUCCGGUCAAUUCGCCUUCAAAGUGGGACUACCCGCCAAAUCUGGUGUAUCCGGUGGCAUGAUGUUAGUCAUUCCCAAUGUGAUGGGCAUUUUCACAUGGUCACCACCACUCGACAAGCUCGGCAAUAGUGUGCGUGGUGUGCAAUUCUGUGAGGAGUUGGUGAGCGUCUUCAAUUUCCAUCGCUAUGAUAAUCUAAAGCAUGCGUCGGAUAAGAAGGAUCCGCGCAAACAUCGUUACGAGACCAAAGGACUGUCAAUUGUUAAUCUGCUAUUCUCGGCGGCCAGUGGUGAUGUGACAGCAUUACGGCGUCAUCGCCUCUCCGGCAUGGAUAUCACGCUGGCCGACUACGAUGGCAGAACGGCGCUACAUUUAGCCGCCUCCGAAGGUCAUUUGGACUGUGUGAAGUUUUUGUUGGAGCACUGUCAGGUGCCACAUAAUCCAAAAGAUCGUUGGGGUAAUUUACCUAUAGAUGAAGCGGAAAACUUCGGCCAUUUCGGUAUAGUUGAGUACUUGAAGGAAUGGGCAGAGAAGGUUGAAGCAGCGGAAGCACACACACCAGAGGCAAUUGUUAAGAAUACCGAGGCGGAUGAGGAAAUUGUUACCUCCAAUCAUAGCACAAGCUCUGAAUACGAUCGCAGCGCCACUGCUAGUCCAAUACCUUCGGAUACGAGCAGCACCAGCGGUAUUGGUGAUAAUACCAAACCCGGUUUAUAAACUCACCACGCCAUGCAUGACGCCUACUGUCAUCACACAACAGACAUACACGCCCAUCAACACACAUCACGCAUGCCACAGGCAAUGACUUAAAUGAUUCAUGGAGAAUCUCUCACAUUUCGCCAUAUACCAAAAAACAAAAAAUUAAAAAAAAAAAAAUCAUUCGCUUAACGCAACGCACUCCCGAGUUUCGGAAGAUGCAGCAGCUCUUCGCUUCGAUAUGCAUAUUAACAUAAUACUACACAUACAUACAUAUGUACUAGUGUACGACUUGAUUUCAUUUAUUUACGAAAUUAUUUAUAGUUUAGUGCUGUAGCAGUAAUUUUAGAUACUAGAGGUCUCAUACCUAGUGAAACUUUUUUUUAAAUACUUAAGCAGAUGCUGUGCAAUGAACGACUAUGUACAUACUUAUGUAUGUACGUAGUGCUCGUGCAGUGCAGGUGCUGCCAAGCAUAUGGGUAUUUACUUAAGUACAUACGUAUUUUUUAUGUCUGUUAAUUUGAAUAUACUCGAUGUAAGCGGGUGAAAUGUGUUAAAGAGUCGAAUACUGAGCCAAAUCCAUUAGAUUUGACUAGAAUUAGUGUUGGCGCUCAGGAGUAGAGUGGAAAUUUUUGCAUAGAUCAAUGAAAGCGUUGAAAUGUAAUUUAAGGCUAAACAAACGAGUUGUUCAUGUAAGCGAUUUUAUGUGAAUUUUUUCACUCCAUGACAGACUGGGAGCUGUGACAGACUGUCUGAAUGCAUUGUAAAAUGUUUUAGUGAAAACCCGGCUAUUGUUUCCUAUAAAUUGUAGUUGAGUAAAAAAUAUAGUUGUGAAAAAAAAGAAAAAAAAAAUUAAAAUUUGUUCAAUUAUGUGACUCUAAAAAGGGUCUAAAACAGGUUAAAUCUCAAGUGUUUAAUGCAGGCAUAAACUCGAUUCAUUACCGCGCAAUCCGGCUGUCAUAAAAUGAAAACUAUGAUAUUUUGUUUAAGCACAUAAUUGAACAAUAAAAUUAGUAAAAAAAUAAGGAUAAUUAAGCAGAUUUAUCGAAAACGGUACUUAAGGCCAAAUUUGCGUUUGACAACCUACACAAACAUAUGACAAAAAAUGACAAUAAUAUUUGACUUGCAGCAUUUUACCCAAAGUAAAAUGUGAAAAAAUACUAUUACACUAUGCAACAUAAUUAAUUUCACUGAUAAGAGCUAAGUUAAAUUCGAUAAAAUGUGCGAAGUUUAACUCGAACGUCAGGUCUAGGAAAUUUUGUAUAAUUUCCUAGCUUUACUAAACAAAAUGUGAAACAAAUAUCAAAUACAUACAGAAAAAUAACUAUUACACUAUGCAACAUAAUUUUUUUCAAUUAUGAGAUUUUAAAUAAAUUCGGUAAAAUUUGCGUGGCUUAACCCGAAAUUCUGGUCGCGAAAACUUUUGUAUAAUUUCCUAAAUUUGCUAAACGAAAUGUGAAGCAAAGACAUACAGAACUAUUGCCCUAUGCAACAUAAUUUUUAUCACUGAUAAGAGUUUAAUUAAAUUCGAUGAAUUUUGCGAAGUUUAACACGAACGCCUGGCAUAGGAAAUUUCGUAUUAUUUCCCAAUUAAAAAAAAAAAAUAGUUUGAAACAAAAUUAGCCUCCAA